ACUACUUGGCUACUGCUCGUUGUGCUACCUAUGUGUCAAUGAGAACCUCUGACUUUUGGCGUGGGACUGUGGCUAGUACGGUCACUCCAUCCUUUAAAGAUAGAUAUCUGACUCACAUUUUCUUCAAUCAUACCCAGUUUGAACGCUUGACUCUAAAGACUCCAUCGUGCGGUCUGUUAUUGACUACCAAUUUCCCCUUGUGUGACUAACUUGCGCUGGUCUUGAUCAUGGCAACGUACGCACAACAUCCUACACCGACAGCCGUGCCUCAAGAACGAGAUCACCUGUCUACUCGCGUCAACAGCAUCGGCGGUAGCAGCAGCUGCAGCCCCAGCAGUUCGACGUCCGGGUAUCCACGAGCUACGCGCAUCCCACCCAGGUAUCGCGACAGCUACUGGCAAGCCGUGUAUGACGAGCAGCAGGAGCAGAUGAGGCAAGAGACGAUUGUCUCCUUAUCGCCGCUGCCUUCUCCGAGCACCAGGCGGUCCGCCAUGUCUCGUCAAGGCUCGACAAGCUCCUUGCGCAGCUUCAAUGAGGAUUGGAGGCAGACACCAUCACCGACGCGGCCAUGGCAUCACCAUCGCCAGGAAAGUAGGCGAGGGCUCCACUCUCACGAGUAUCCACCCUCUGCACUUCCUAUUUCGAUACCUUGUGUGCCACUCAGCGAUUCCUUCAACGCUGCAGAGAGCACCCAUGCAACCGUCCACGCGUUUCGACACCCCUGUGCCUGCCGGCCCACAUCUCGAUCGCCAUCCAUCAACUCACUGCAAUUUCCGCACGUUGCGAUCGGCCAGAGAGGCAGCGAAGUUGACCGGACAGUUGUGCAGCCGCCCCCGGCGUAUCCUUCCUCGGGCGCACCGUCAACUACGGGACUCCAAGCGAAGAAGUGCCCGAGCCAUUCGGACAAGCGUGGUAGCAGUACAGGGCGGCCCCCGCCACCUCCAGCACCGCCAAAGAGGCCGAAGAAACCACAUAUCAUCGCGCUACUCCGAACCCUUUCUCAACGUGAUGUGCUGCUGAAGCUCCUGCCCGCCCUUGUCCUCUCGGCGGCCCGCGGCGCUGCGCCACCGCUCAUGGCGCGCAUCCUCGGCGGCGUAUUCAACGCAUAUUCCACGUUCUCGCGCGCAUCGCCUCCAGAGCAUCCGCUUACAGGUGUGGCACUACUGUCUGCGAAAAGUGCUUUGAUGGGCCACGUCAAAGUUGCAGCCCUUGAGCUCGUCGGGCUCGGCGUGUGUGUCCUUCUGGUCGGCACCUCAAUGUUCACGUUGUGGAUCUGCGUCGGCGAACAAAUCGCAAGGCAGCUAAGGCGCAGCAUGUUCUAUGCAGUGAGUGCCAAGCCGAUGCACUGGUUUGACAAUGGGAUGGAGAUUGGGCGAAAUGACGGAGCGAGCAGCGACGGCGGGGCUAGCAGCGCCGGUGCGGCUGGGUUGAUGGCGCGCUUCGCGAGAAAUAGCGACGAGGUCCGGAACGCGGUGUCGCAACAUGUAGGGCAAAUCGUCACGGCGACAACAACGACAUGCGCAUGCCUGGGUGUGGCAUUCGCUUCAUCCUGGUCUCUCACGCUCGUCAUCCUAGCCUCCAUCCCCUUAACACUGAUCCUUACCGCUGUCACCAUGCGCAUUGGCCGCCCGCUCAUCCUCGCCGAAUACGCCGCUGUGGAAAGAGCAUCUGACCAGGUGGAGCGCACCGUCAAAGCGAUCGCGACCGUCAAAGCGUUCAACGCGCAGCAGGAAGAACAUGACCGCUUCCGAAGGAUGAUGGCUACCAGCGGCAACGUCUACAUGCGCAGCUGUGCCUGCUGGGCUACACGCCUCGGUUUGACGAGCACCGUUUCGCUUUCGAUGUUCGUUCAAGGCUUCUGGUACGGAUCCUACCUCGUACAAAAAGGAACCAUGACCGCAGGGGGCGUCAUGACUGUCUUCUGGGUUGCACUUGUCGCCAGCACUAACAUGCAGACCAUCAUGCAGAGCUGGACGGUGUUGGACAAGGGCAUGAUUGCAUACUCCAGCAUUCAGAAUCUGUUGGACGACUCGAACUGCCAUUCUGCUUCCUCGCCCACCGCGCCGUUCGUUAUCAGGAUCGACGAGAUCCCUAGCACGCCCCCACAUUCCCGGUCUUUCUCUGCCAGCUCAGCCUCUAUCACCGUUGCGAAGAAUCCCUCCACGCAUGCUCGGCAAGUCACUCCCAUGCGCAAAGUACGGCCGACGCAGCCAUGUAGAGGCGAAGUGGUUCUGCGAGACGUCCGCUUUAACUAUCCCUCGCGCCCGGAUGUUCCGGUGCUCAAUGGCGUCAGCAUGUUCUUCCCCGCUGGUGAGACGACGUUCCUCCUUGGUCGCAGCGGCAGCGGCAAGAGUACCAUCGUCCAACUCUUGCUGCGACUCUACCGUCCUGACAGCGGCUCCAUCGAGCUCGACUCGAACGAGUUCGCCUAUCUCGACCCUGACUGGUGCCGCGAAAACAUAGCAGCGGUCACCCAAAGCCCGAUCAUCUUUGACAUGAGCGCCCGCGACAAUAUCGCGCUGGGUGCCCUAGGGAAGUUGAAAGGAGCGCCGGGCGGCAAGCUGGACCUCUCCAAAGUAGCGGAUGACGACAUUUGGGCGGCGUGCCGAAUCUCUUUGCUUCACCGCUUUCUGAGGGACUUACCGCAAGGCUUCGACACCAAGCUUGGAAGCGGCGGAGCCAACCUGAGCGGUGGACAGAAGCAGCGCCUCGCGAUCUCGCGUGCCGUGCUCCGCGAUCCGACAGUCUUGAUCCUAGACGAGGCAGUUUCGGCGCUGGACUUGACGGCCAGGUUGCUCGUGCACGAAGCACUCAAGAGAUGGAGAAAGGGACGCACAACCAUUGUCAUCACGCAUGACAUUUCUCAAGUAGGGAAAGAUGACUUUGUCUAUGUCAUGGCCGGCGGCACCGUCGCGCAGCAAGGGUAUCGAAGGGAUAUCGAAAAUUGUGAAGGUCCUUUCUGUCAAAUGGCGCAGGCGAUGGAAAACAAGGUCAACGUAAGCGAACCACCGUCGCCCACAGGCCUCGACCAAGAUGCGCGCAAGUCAUUGCGCGCGUACAAGCGUCGUGGGUCAGAAGAUGGGAAUUUCGUCAAGACUUUGAAGCGAAUGUCCCUCAGGCGAGGCGGAACGAUGGCUCCAGGCCUCGUACCGCCAAUGCCACCCGUAAGCAGCCAUGCCCUCGACCCCAGAAGCUUGAAGCGCCGCUCAGUCGAACCUAGAGGAGUACUCGAUCGUGUGGGUGCGGUUGCGAACUUGCGACGCCCGAAGCACGUUACACGGCGACCUGCACCGCUCACUGUCACCAAAUUACACCACCGAAGCAUCCAACUCGCAGCUGAAACGAAAACGCCCGAAUUUCCUGUCUCUAUUCAGGUUCGAGGUGCCGCUCUGGUGCCGACUGUGCGCUACGCAUUUGCCAGUGUGCCGAACAAGGCGCUGCUUGUGUUAGGCUUCAUCAUCGCGACAAUUGGUGGGGCCGUCAAUCCAGCCUUCUCCGUCGCGCUCGGGAAGCUCAUCGCCACGAUGGGCAGCACUGUGGACCAGUCGCAGGUGCUGCUCCUCUCGCUCAUCGUGCUAGCCCUUGCUCUUGUGGAAGGUUUGCUCCUCUACAUGCGCUACUUUGUGCUCGAGGCAGCCGCUGACGGCUGGAUCCGCAAACUGCGCUGUGAGGCAUACAACAAUGUCUUGCAUCAGCAGAAGAGCUGGUUUGACCAGCCUUCCAAUUCGGCGCAGAGGAUCUGCCAGUCGAUCGCAAAAGACGGAGAGGAUGCGCGAAAACUGAUCGGCCAAGUGCUCGGCAACAUUUGGUCGUCUUUUGUGCUCCUGUUCGCCGGGCUCGUCUGCGCUUUGGGCUUUGGCUGGCAGCUGACCUUGCUGGGCAUCGGCUUUGCCAUUGUGCUGAUUGCUGCGUUGUGCGCACAAGCGGGAGCGCUCAACAAGCUCGAGUCGAUCAACAAAGCGCAUCGCGAGGCCGUCGUGAAGCACUUCUAUUCGCUCGCUGCCAAUAUGCGCGGUAUUCGCGCCAUGGCAAUCGAGCCAAUCUUUUGCGAGCAGUUCGAAGAGUCCGUCGAGAGCGCAUACGUGUCGGCGUUGCGCAUGGCACCUCUCCAAGCCCUAGGAUCCGGACUCGGCGAAGGUCUGACGUACCUGGCUGAAGCGGCGAUCUAUGCGCUCGGGGCGUAUCUCCUCGCGUCCGGCACGUACGACCUGUCCUGCGUCACUAUCACGCUGAAUUUGGUCAUCUUCGCAUGUACCUUUUCGAGCCAAGGUGUCGCCUUCUUACCGGGUCUCAUCAAGGCCGUGCAAGCGAUUUCAGAUCUCAGGCGGCUACUCGAGCUCGACGUCUACGGUCCCGAAAGACAGGGCGAGGGGAGAUUCAUCGUCUCGGGUGCCCUCACCUUCCAAGGCGUGCGUUUCGCUUACCCUUCGCGGAAGACGGAGGAAGUCCUCAAAGGCAUCACCUUUACCAUCCAGCCAGGAGAGUGCAUCGCAAUUGUCGGCGGAUCGGGCUGCGGUAAAUCAACCGUGGCUGCUCUUCUACAGCGCCUCUAUGAGCCCAGCAGCGGCAGCGUACUUCUCGACGGCCGCCCGCUAAAUGCGUACGACUGUGGCUAUCUGCGCGAACACCUCGCCGUCGUCAACCAGAAUCCAGACCUUUUCGACGCAACGGUAGCAGAGAACAUCGCCUACGGUGCCAAUCGCGUUGUUCGCCCGUGCGGAUGGGCAGCGGGUGACAACGAGAAGCUUGCAUCGUCCCUCGCAUCACGUACGAACAUCGAAGCAGCGGCUUGCGCUGCCAAUGUGGACGAAUUUGUGCGCUCGCUGCCACAAGGCUACGCGACGGAUCUUGGCAACAGCGCCUCGCUUGUCUCGGGCGGGCAAGCGCAGCGCUUGGCUAUUGCCCGUGCGAUGGUGCGCAGUCGCGCGCGCGUGCUCAUCCUGGAUGAAUGCACAUCUGCGCUCGACGCGCAGAACCAGGUGGCAGUGAUGGAGACUCUGUUUGCGAAGGGGCGAGAUGCGGCAGAGGCCUGCAGACGCCGCGAGAUGACGACCGUCGUCAUCACGCACAAGAAGGAGAUCAUGCAAAUGUGCGACCGGAUCAUCGUGCUGCAGCACGGUGUUGUCGCGCAGCAGGGCUCGUACCAGCAGCUGAUCCAGCAAAAAGGUGGCGCGUUCACGACGCUGGCCAGUGCAGCAGAAUCGGGUGCCUAGUUUGGGAGGGACCGCUGUAAUAUACUCUUGUUGCACGUGAUUGAAUGACCAUAAUGCGCACGCG